AUGGCGGCUGUACAGGUCGCUAAACGAAGAUAUCAGUGUCAUUGUGCUGAAGAAUGUAUAGGAAAUAUCGAAGAGUUCGAGUGUACCGCAUGUGAAAAUGGCUAUUACGGACGUUACUGUCAAAAUGUUCACAAGAGACUAACAGGAUUUCAUAUUGAAGUUGAUAAUGUUACGUGCUAUCAAUGGACCAAUGCAUCGUCUCCUCCAACUAUAUUCCAAGUGAACUGUAUCCAACAAGGUCGACGUAUUACCGUCAGCUUACCUCCUGGCCGUGAUUACAAUAACGGAGUUCUUACUUUGUGUGAAAUUCAACAUGCAGUUGUGGAUAUUGGGGUACAUCUUGUGAGAGGUGUGGCUAUUGUCAGACGGGAAAUACGUGCAAUCAAACCACAGGCCACUGUCAAACUUGCCAAACUGGAUAUGAACCGCCAUUAUGUAUGGCAUGCAGUACUGGAUAUUGGGGUACAUCGUGUGAGAAGUGUGGCUAUUGCCAGCCUGGAAAUACGUGUAAUCAAACGACAGGACAUUGUCAGAAUUGUCAAAUUGAAUAUGAGCCACCAUUGUGUACGGCUUGCAGUGAAGGCUGGUGGGGUGCAUCUUGUGAGAAGUGUGGCCAGUGUGAGCCUGGAGAUAUCUGCGAUAAAACUUCCGGACAUUGUCAGCAGUGUAAAACAGGAUGGGCGUUACCACGAUGCACAAGUUGUGAAAAUACUUGUAACUGGGUGCGAUGCUGGGUGGAAAGAUGAUACUUGUAAAACAGCAUGUGAGAUGGGAGCGUACGGUAUCAACUGCAAUGAAACAUGUGGUAACUGUAGAUAUGGUAACACAUCGUGUGCCAUAAAGGACGGAGUCUGCAGUGAAGGGUGUAGUGCCGGGUGGAUGAACAGUACUUGUAAAAUACCAUGUGAGCUGGGAACGUACGGUACCAACUGCAGAGAAACAUGUGGUGAUUGUAGAGAUGGUAACACAACAUGUGACAGAACGGACGGAGUCUGCAAUGAAGGGUGUAGUGCCGGGUGGAUGGACAGUACUUGUAAACUAGUGUGUGACUACGGGCGUUAUGGCGAAGACUGCAAAGACGUCUGUGAAAAUUGCAAAGAUGGACACUGUGAUGUUGUGAUUGGUUGCACAGAGCACCUUGACGACGGACAUGUUGGAAUCUCCGCCGGUGUCUCAGUAGCUGUUGUUCUUAUUGUUGCGUCUACGGCAAUGGGUGUUUUCUUUUGGAGAAGCGUUAUCAGGCGUCAAAAGAGGAAACACGGAUCCGAUCGGCCUAAACCAGACAACAGUGAUCUGGUAAAUGAUGUGGGGUACGAAGAUGUGAGAACAGUAACCAAUUUGACAGCAUUUAAUACAGGCAAUAAUGUUAUGUUGAGUGAGACGCAAGGACAAAUAGUUCAUCAGCAGCAUAGUCCACACGAUGAUCUGAACAAUGGCGGUUAUAUUAAUGAAGAACAAGACGAGCCAGACGAGUAUGAAAAAACUCGACACAUUCAUAGAUACAACUUCAGUAAACAAAUAAGCACAGAUUUGUAAAAAAAAAAAAAAAAAAAAAUCGAACUCGGCCUUCGCAUAAUAUAUAUGUAAUCACGACAACGAUAUAUUUAUGAAAUUUAAAAAUGAACGGAAAUGAAUAUUAAAAAAAGGUGUAGUAGCAUAAUAAUUAUAUAAUUUGUAGCUCAAAGAGACACAUUUAUAUGUAGUACUAUUUGUUUUGUAUAAAAGAAACAUGUUAAAUAAUGUGAAGGUAUUUAUCGAAUGCACAAGUGACAUAUAUUUUCUCUGAACGAGUUCUCGAGACGAACACGUGUUUGGAACCCAGUUGUCUGAUGCAGAAAUCGUCUUGGCUAAGCGCUGAAACAAAACCAGAAUAAAAACCUUAAUAUAU